AUGAAGAAGGGAAAGCAGGUGGGUGAGGAGGACGUUGAGCCACCCAGUUAUCAGGAGGUGACUGCAGGCUACAAUGACAUGGAGGCCCAGUUCACCUGGGACGACAAGACCAUCAGGAGGAUCUUCAUCAGGAAGGUCUACGCCAUCCUCAUGGUUCAGCUGUUUGUGACGGUGGCCAUUGUCAGUCUCUUCUCAUUUUGCGCACCUGUGAGGUAUUUCAUCCAGACUCAUCCAGGCUUGUACAUGGCGUCCUAUCUCGUGUUUUUUGCCACCUACAUUGCACUGUCCUGCUGUGGAGACCUGAGGAGGCAGUUUCCUUGGAAUAUCAUUUUGCUAGUUCUCUUUACUUUGAGCAUGGCCAGCAUGAUGGGAUUUAUGUCGAGCUUUUACAACACUAAAUCAGUGGUUCUGUGUAUGGGAAUCACAUCUCUGGUGUGUCUCUCUGUUACCAUGUUCAGCUUCCAGACCAAGAUUGACGUCACCUCCUACCAUGGCGUCCUGUUUUCUCUGUGCAUAGUCAUGCUUCUCUGUUCCAUCACCCUUUCCAUUGCCAUACCUUUUGGAUAUGUUCCCUGGUUACAUGCCUUGUAUGCUGUUGGUGGAGCCAUCCUCUUUACUUUGUUCCUGGCAUUUGACACACAGUUGCUGUUGGGGAACAAGCGCUACUCUAUAAGUCCAGAGGAAUAUGUUUUCGCCACCCUCAGCCUCUACCUGGACAUCAUCUACAUGUUCAGCUUCCUGCUACAGAUCUUUGGAGGAGGCCGCAGGUGA